UCUGAAAUCAUGAGCGGAAGAGGCAAGGGAGGAAAAGGACUUGGCAAAGGGGGCGCCAAGCGUCAUCGCAAGGUCCUUCGUGAUAACAUCCAGGGAAUCACGAAACCAGCCAUCAGGCGUCUUGCACGUCGCGGUGGUGUGAAGCGUAUCUCUGGCCUCAUUUACGAAGAGACCCGUGGUGUGCUGAAGGUGUUCCUGGAGAACGUGAUCCGUGAUGCCGUCACCUACACCGAGCACGCUAAGAGAAAGACCGUGACCGCCAUGGACGUCGUCUAUGCUCUGAAGCGCCAGGGUCGUACUCUGUACGGGUUUGGUGGUUAAGAACUUACUAUUCUGUCAAGAAUAUAAACAUCAAAGGCUCUUUUAAGAGCCACCCAAUUUUGCAUAAUAUGCAAUGUUCCACUAAAAUAUUAUUGUGCUCAUCAGUCUGAAAUCAUGUAUCAUGC